GUUGUAGUUUAUGUUAUUAUUAUUAGUAGUAGUAGUAGUAGUUGUGAUAAAGUCAUCAUAACAACGAAAGGGCGGCUUUAGUUGUUGAUUAUUUAUGGAUGAUGCUGAGAUUAGAAGGUAGAGGCUUACAUUUAGUAUUACAUGUUGGCGGCUUGGCGCUUGUAGUGCACGUGUCAACUUGCAGAGGGAGAGGGAAAGAACAAAAAGACAGUAGAGUUACAGAUCGAGUUUAAGAGACUGAAAAAGCAGAAGAAAUGGCUUCCGAAUGCUUCGAUUUCCUGCAACACCCGCCUCAGUUUUCACUCUCCUCUGAGCAGAUACAAUACUGUAAUGAUGCCCUUGAAAAUCUCAAGAAAAAAUGGGAGCACCCUGAUGUCAUGGAACUCGAGUUCAAGCAUCUUGAGGCACGAUCAAUGAAGGAAUCUGAUGUGGAAGAACGCAAGGAAGAGCUCUGUAAAGUGGCUAUUUCUGUCAAUCAUGAGAAAAAUCGAUACAUAAAUGUCUUACCAUUUGACAGCAACAGAGUUGUCCUAACAGCCGGGGAUUACAUCAAUGCAAGUUUUGUAAAAUCACCUGCAGAACUUGCUCCUCAGUUCAUAGCCACCCAAGGUCCAUCACCAGACACAUUUGAAGAUUUCUGGGAAAUGGUGUUGCAGUACCGCUGUACUGUUAUUGUAAUGCUUACACGGUUGGUUGAAAAUGAGAAAUUGAAGUGUGGUGACUAUUUUCAAGCAGAGAAUGGACCUAGUGAACUUGGCAACAUUUCUAUCGUCACAAAAUGUAUUAAAACAACUUCGAGCUCUUUAGUUAUUCGCCAUUUGGAAGUGACCAAGGCAGAGUCGAACGAGCCACCACUUUCGGUUAUGCAUAUUCAGUAUUUAGAGUGGCCAGAUCACGGUACACCUACGCACUCAUUACCUGUUCGAGAGAUUUUUAGAAGAACUUUUCAUCUGCCUCCCAAUGUACGCCCAAUAUUGGUGCACUGCAGUGCUGGAAUUGGCCGUACUGGAACAUACUGCACCAUUCAUGCUACGAUCCAAAGAAUUCUCGCAGGAGAUGAGUUUGCCUUAAAUUUGGAUGCGACUGUUGAGGCCUUCCGAUCUCAGCGAGCUGGAAUGGUUCAAUCACUGGAACAAUACAAGUUUUGCUACAAGGCCGUGAUUGAAGAAUUGGAGGAACUCGUAUCAGGAAGAAACAAUUCUUAAGAAAGUCAUUUCUUUCUGUUUUCAGCUCAGAAUUUCUGCAGAAUUCAUCACUGCACUGUCAUUUGAGCCUCGAUCUGCAUCUGUUUCGGUUUAUUUCUUCUGGUUGUAACAGAUUUAAGAGUUUGAAUGCUGGUUUCUGCUGCAAAAUACAAAAUGGGAAAUCAUAAUCUUGUACAAGUUGUACGUCUUAUUUGUAUUGUGCUUACUAUAAAGGAGCAUGGUUCUGCUUAAAACUGUUGUUAAAGCGAAUCUUAAUUAUGAUAUCAACACGGUUAAUUACGUUUUUCUUA